AUGGAUGAACUUCCCCAAGAUCCACCCAAACAGGGACGUGGUGGAUUUCGUGUUGGUGCCGGUCGGAAACCAAAGCCUGUCACAUCCGUCAGUGAACCUCAAAUCCGUGAGCCAACAAAGACCUCUGCAUCCCAGCGAUUGGUGUCUGGAGCCCCAAUUCCAAACUUCUUCCUUCCUCGUAGCCAAUCAAGGCCUGCCGCUCUGGGAGUGUUCUCAACAGACCCUCGUUCUUCGGGACCUUCCGUGAUGGGAGCAACGACAACCCAAGGACAUUCACAACGUCCAUCAUUCUGGUCUAGUGUUGCGCCAACAACGGCUGCAAUUAAUAGGCAGACAACUGCUCAUGAGCUGCAUCAGCCGAGUACUCUGGCUCCUCCGGAGUUGGCGCAACUCCAAGAUGGAAUUGGUUUUCUCGAAGCCAAUGACGAGCGUGGGGAUGUUACAGCGGGUGCUGAUCGGCGCCUGGAUGAGUCAUUGGUUGAUGAGCUCACCGACAAUAAUCCAUCCGCCAAUAGUGAAGCGGCUCAAGCCGAGACUCGAGAUGCCGAAGUGCUUGCGGAAUCCGUGUCAGAGAAGUUUCUGAAAGAACUUCAGUCUCGGAUAUCUCAAGAGAUUCAGAAGUAUGAUAUGCCGCUCUGCUACAAGAACGGUCAAUUCUUUGAUCGCGCACCCCAUCCUGUGUUUUCUCUUCAGGGAGGAAAUGCUUCCGCCGGUGGACUGGAACCCGCUAAGCUAUAUGCCCGCGACACAUUUAUAUGGCUACCAAUGCAUUUGCCUGGACAUCCCUCCAGGUUUAAGUGCACAUGCAGCGAGGCUUUGUCAUUGAAUGAUCCUAUUGCUCGUCGUGUGCGCUCUAUUCCGGAGGAUUUUUUCCUGUACACAAAUCGGUUCAUCUGCGACUCACGGCGGAAUAACAACAAAGGGUGCGGGCAGAGCUUCCAAGGCACAGACCCCCAUAUUAUUGCGCAAUUGCCACGCUUCGUACAGGCAGCCUUUCCUGCGUAUAUUUCGACUCGCGGUGCGAUUUCAAAGCUCAUGAUGCGUCUCAUGACGAACACAUUUGCCGCUCGUUUUGGGCCUGCGCCAUUCGCGGAAUUGGUGUCUGAAAUUCAACAUCGAUCCCAUGCUGAUUGGGAACUCAUGUACCUCAUUGCCGCAAGUUUCUAUGGUUGGAGAUUGAAGCAAUCGUUCUCGGCAUUUGCAGAUCGUUUGAAUUACGCCGGAUCCCUUCCUUCCGUGACAUAUCUGAAAUCCAUGUUUACGGAUUACAUGUCCGCUCAUCGCAUCUUCGUGGACCGUUUCGUGGCCAGCUUGCCUUUGACAAUUGCAAAAGCUGAUCAUACAUUUGCGUUCCUUAAGCAUAUGGGUGGUGUCAAGGGCGAGAAAAUAUUCGACGCGGCAUAUACUGUUAUAAAUGAAUUCGAAGAAGUGCGGGGACACUCUCUGACACUGACCAAAUCUUUGUCAUUCGUGAAAGAGAUGUACACGCGGAUUCUCCAAGGCUUGGCGGACUCUCAGAAUCCCCCUACCCAGAUUUUGUAUACGGAUUCCCCGCGACUGGAACGUGUUUUUCACGAAGGAAUCAAUGCAGAACUGCAAAAGAAUGUUACUCCUGUCACCAACUGGUCUGACCUGCCCGCUUUUCGACGCACAGAAAGCAUUCUCCCUCAACACAUCAUGGAUGCAGUCGAAAUCGAAGCAACCGCAAAUGGUAUUCUACAGGACUCGAUGGAGUCUUCCAGCGAUUUACUUCAUGUUCUUGCUAUUGCCAUCAAAGCGACGGAUUAUGAACGCGGCUUACGGAUAGACAGUAUCCAAGUCCGUACAGUUGAUAAGAUUCUUGUCUUUGAGAUGACCGCAUACAAAACGCGCUCACAAUUCCCUCCUUCCCUACUUGCCAUUCUCACCAAUCCGUCUCUGAUCAAAGUCGGGUAUGACAUUCGUGCAUCACUGGAACGAUUGGCCUCAGUUUUCAAUCUCGCCGAUCUUCUGACGGUGCUGCACUCACGGAAUCCUCCGAUUCUUGAUUUGGGAAAGCUCUCCAAAUUAAAGGGUGCAGUGAAUGAUCACACUGCAACGCUUCACGCGUUGGCUGGUGCAGUAUUAAAGCGCUGCUACACUUGGUCCAGACUUGGUGACGGACUCUGGGACAAGAUCGACUGCCAAUGGCAGAUUUAUGCAAAUUUGGCUGCACAGUCCACAGUCGGCUUGCCUCUUUCUCCUGCGCAAGCAACCAAACAUGGUCACCCAGUCACUCUUGUCCAUGGAUUGAUGGAUGUGCAGGGUACUACGAAGCGAAUUAACAUCACUGCCAGUCGAUCAUUAGUUCAGAUCAGCAAGGUUCUUGUCCCAGGGGACAUCCAUUCACUUCAUAAACAGACUCUGGAGUGGAUUUCAGCUCACGGGACAUCGAUUGUUGUCUCAACGUCACAACUACGCACUCGAGGGAGAUUUGAGCCUGUCAGGGUUCGUCCACUUGCCAAUACGAUUGGUGUUCCUGCACCGCCCACUGAAGUCACGGAUUAUCCCGAAUUCAUUCCGCAUAUUCCGAACAACGGCUCUCAGUCAUCGGAGAAUGAUAGCCUUUGUGAUUUGGAUUCUGCCAACUCUGAAUCAAACGAUGACUCGGAUGCGGAUGUAGACGAGGAUGAGUAUGCACAGUUCACAUACAACACAUUUGAUCAGCAGGUCUACUUCGAAGUGGACGCGACGUUGUCCGAGGAAUCACUGAUUGACAAUUUCAACCAUGAUGCCCUACACUUCAUGGAUCGCGUCUUACGUCUUCUCUCGAAGAAAAACUCUGCAUACAAAGCAUUUGCCCAUGAUUUCAGCGAGGCAAUUUUCAUUCGGGAUCAAAGUGACGAAGCUGCCGUCCGUGCUGUACUUGAGAAGAACGGAAUCAGCUGGGAUUAUUUCAAACAAGCAAAGGCAUCACAGCUUUAUCGUCGAAUCCGCCGCAUAAUCCCCCCUCCCCAUAUCCUCCUGCCACGCCUUGACAAGCUCUUCAACGCAUAUUCAAACCUCACGUGCUCCACACGGCAGGGUUCAGGUUCAUUCUUCACGCCUGAAGCCCGGGAUCAGUGGAAAAAUCUCCGUGAAACCGCCAAGCUCGGUUACCUGUCCGAUCCUCCCAGUAUUCCUCUCUAUUAUCUCAUGGGCAAGGAUCGUGAUGGGCUGAACAUUUAUCGCACCGUCUGUGGGACCAAUUCGAUUGAGGGGGGAUUUCACAUGGCAAUUCGCCGGAUCUUUGGAUCAUUGAAAGCUUCUGCAGAACUUGCAGAAUGCCUGCUUGUAAAUUGGAUUCUACGGAGAAACAUCCAGGUUGGCUUCCAUAACCGUACGGGUUCGAAAUAUUGUGGGCACUAUGCGCUCUGGGACCGUGACGAGAUUGUAGAACUUGCCGUUGCGGUUGGCGUCAACCCAUCGUUUCCUAUCCCUCGUGUUCUUCCAACUCGGAUUGCGACAAGCGAAACAAUUGGGAUACUUCCCAUCUCUCAAGACUUGGCAUUAGACUUGGAUAUAGCCACACUCCCUCGACCUCACAUCACGGGUGUUCCACAUCAUCGCGAUACACCAGUGCACAUGCUCACACAUCUCUCGACCAAGCCAACGAACCAAUAUCGAUAUCUACAAUUGCGACAACUGACACUCUAUCCUGUUCUACCCGUGCACACUUUUGCAGAGUUCACCAUCUUCAAAGCCCACGUUGACAAUCUAUCCUUUCGAAAAUCUAGUCAAACUCAUCUGGGUCACGAACGCUGGAAGAACGUUGAUUUUGACAAGUUUGCUGCCUUCUGGAAUAAGAUGGUCAGCGGACAAUCACGCACAGUCACUGACACAAAUCAACGACUGUACUACAAAAUCCCUCCGCAGCUCGAAGCUCACCAUAAACGAGUGAUUGCUCGCUCCUCGGAAUUGGCAACACUCGCGUCUGGUGGCAAUUUCGCGGCUCGACAGCCGUUCUUGAAUAUGCUUGCCAAUACAGCUCGGAUGGACGCACCAGCAGCGAUUCGGUUUCCAUCUGGGUUGCAUGAGCUUGACUUGUCCCUUGAAGAAACAUACGAUUUUGGAUCGUUCACCGCGGCGGCUGGAAUCCCCAUCGUUCCCGGACAUGAUGUGGAUUACGGCGCUGAAGACUUGCCAAUUCCGCCAAUAGUGCCAGCGAACGAGGUGCAGAGAGCAGAGGAAGUUCCGAACACAAGGGUGAUUGAAAACUCACAUCUGGGCCCCGAGAUCCAAGACCAAGCAGCGACAGUGGCUCAGCAAUUCCCGCAAAUUGGACGAUUCUCCGCUGUACCCGAACGCCAAACCAAACUUGCAGCGCCUCGCUUCCACCCCUACCAGCCUCAGGUGAUGUUUCAAUCACAGCCCGCUCAAUCCCGAGAAGCAGGAGAUGACCGAUGCGCGUUGUGCACAAAUGACUACUGCGCUCGGCGUUGGCUGUGUAAAGGUAAAGGAAAUCGUUCUCGAUGCACCUGUGAUCAUCCCAAGAUUGCUCGGACUUUCCGCGUCCGUAUUUCUGAAGCCGUCAUUGAGGACUUGUAUCGGCUGGGCGAUGCAGCAGUGGCAGAGGCUCGAAGAAAGAGGAGGGAGAGACAAUCUUCACAGAGGAAGUAG